CCUCCUCAGGGCCGUCCGAGCAUCACGAGACAAGGUCAGCAGCAGCGGCGAGUCACUCCACCUUCUUCACCACACACUCGCUCGCCAGCGCCACCACUGCCAGCCCCCGCACCUCCGCUCCUCGCUGCCCGGCGCCCACUGCUGCCCACCGCGCGCCUCUCCUUUGUCGCCGCUGCUGCGCGUGCGCCUCCACGUCGCGUCUCGCGCCCGCUGCGCGCCUCGCCUGCCCACCAUGCUGCCCACGCUUGCCACCCGCGCCUCGGCGCGCUUCGCAGCGGCCGCAGCCGUGAGCACGCCGGCGGCACGCACGCUGCUGCGCACGGCGCCGCUGCGCCACCCGCUCAGCCGCGCCGCCGCCCUCGGCGCGCCCCGGCCCGCCACGCUGCACAAGCGCUUCUACGCCACGCCCGUGCCCGAGUCGCCCAAGGACGACGCCGCGGCCAAGAAGGCAGACGCGGAGAAGACCGACGCUGAGAAGGCCGGCGCUGAGGGCGAGAAGGCCGCAGACGCCACGUCCGAGGCAGAGGGCAAGAAGGCCGACGCUGCCCCUGACGCUGCUGGCAGGAAGGCCGAGCCGGCUGAUGCCACUGAGGAGGCGAAGCGCAAGCAGCUCGAGGGCGACAUUGAGAAGGGCCUCAAGGACGCCAAGCAGAACAAGCCGGCAGCAGACGAGGACCCGGUCGUCGCCGCGAUGAAGGGCCUCUGGUCUGCCCUCGAUGGCGCGUCCAAGAAGGGCAAGGAGUCCAAGGAUGGCAAGGACAGCAAGGACGGCAAGGAGGGCGACAAGAAGGACGGCGACAAGAAGAAGGCCGGCGGGCCAAACGGCCCCGUCGAGCUGCGCAUCAACGGCCAGGGCCUGCUGCUCUCGCUCCUGACGACGUACCUCGUCUACCAGUACACGUCGCCCUCGGCCUCGUCGCGCGAGAUUACAUGGCAGGAGUUCCGCACGGCCUUCCUCGACAAGGGCCAGGUGGACCGCCUCGUCGUCGUGAACCGCUCGCGCGUCAAGGUGUACCUGCACAGCAACGCGACGGGCUCGCUGCCGAGCGAGCAGUCGAGCGGCAGCGGCGCCGGCGGCCGCUCCAGCUACUGGUUCACCGUCGGCAGCGUGGAGGCCUUCGAGCGGCGCCUCGACGAGGCGCAGCGCGAGCUCGAGAUUCCUGCGGGCCAGCGCAUCCCGGUCGCGUACAAGGACGAGAUGUCCACUUCAAACAUUCUGCUGCAGUUCGCACCCACGCUGCUCAUCGUCGGCGGUCUCAUCUGGAUGACGCGCCGUGCUGCGAGCGGCAUGGGCGGUGCUGGCGGCGCUGGUGGGUCCGGAGGCGUGUUCGGCAUCGGCAAGUCGCGCGCAAAGAUGUUCAACCAGGAGACGGACAUCAAGACCAAGUUCGAGAACGUCGCCGGCAUGGACGAGGCCAAGGAGGAGAUCAUGGAGUUUGUGAGCUUCCUCAAGAAGCCCGAGAAGUACGAGAAGCUCGGCGCCAAGAUUCCGCGCGGCGCCAUCCUGUCUGGCCCGCCCGGCACCGGCAAGACGCUGCUCGCCAAGGCGACUGCCGGCGAGGCUGGCGUGCCGUUCCUGAGCGUCAGCGGCUCCGAGUUCGUCGAGAUGUUCGUUGGUGUGGGUCCCUCGCGCGUGCGCGACAUGUUCGCCAACGCCAAGAAGCACGCGCCGUGUAUCAUCUUCGUCGAUGAGAUCGACGCCAUCGGCAAGGCCCGUGGCAAGGGCGGAGCGAUGGGCGGCAACGACGAGCGCGAGUCGACCCUCAACGAGCUGCUCGUGCAAAUGGACGGCUUCUCCACCACGGAGCACGUCGUCGUGCUUGCCGGCACCAACCGGCCCGACGUGCUCGACCCGGCGCUGAUGCGCCCGGGCCGCUUCGACCGGCACAUUGCCAUCGACCGGCCAGACAUCUCUGGGCGCACCGAGAUCUUCAAGGUGCACCUGAAGCCGCUGAAGCUCGCCGAGGCGGGCGCGCAGGAGGUCGAGCUGCUCGCCGAGAAGCUCUCGACGCUCACGCCGGGCUUCUCGGGCGCCGAUGUCGCCAACGUGACGAAUGAGGCGGCGCUGAUUGCCGCGCGCAAGGGCGCCGCGGCCAUUGGCGAGGAGCACUUCGACAUGGCCAUCGAGCGUGUCAUCGCGGGCCUGGAGCGCAAGACGCGCGUGCUGAACAAGGAGGAGAAGAACAUCGUCGCGCACCACGAGGCCGGCCAUGCCAUCUGCGGCUGGUUCCUCGAGCACGCCGACCCGCUGCUGAAGGUCUCGAUCAUCCCGCGCGGCGUCGGCGCCCUUGGCUACGCGCAGUACCUGCCGACCGAGACGUACCUCUCGAGCACGGAGGCGCUUCUUGACCGGCUGUCGAUGAUCCUCGGCGGCCGCGCCUCGGAGCAGGUGAUGUUCAACUCGGUCACGACGGGCGGCUCGGACGACUUCUCGCGCGCGUCGCGCAUUGCAUACGAGAUGGUGACGCGCUACGGCAUGGGCCGCAUGGGCCUCGUCUCGUACUCGUCGGACCAGGAGACGUUCCAGAAGCCCUACUCAGAGGCCACUGGCCAGCAGAUCGACGAUGAGGUCCGCCACAUCAUCAAGACGGCGUACCAGCGCACCGUCGACCUCCUGACGGAGCGCAAGGAUGAGCUGCAGAAGGUCGCCAACCUGCUGCUCGAGAAGGAGGUCAUUACGCGCUCCGACAUGGUCGACCUGCUCGGCCGCCGGCCGUUCGAGCGUGCCGAUGCGGCAGACAAGAACAUUGAGAAGCGCGGCAUGCUGCGUCGGGCACAGCAGGGCUCUCAGACGUCCUCUGCACCACCGCCGCCGCCGCAGGAGCUCGGCGGCGCCGUGGCGAGCCGGUCAGAGCAGCCGAAGCUGUAAUGGCCCUGUCGCUCGCGGACUCGCUUCGUUCUCCAGGCUGCCUCCCACAUCAUUACCCCUCACCCCUACUCUCUGUGCCUGCCCGCUCCGUCACUGCAUGUCCUCUAGACCACACGCGCGAUUCACAUUUCCUGCACGCUG